UCACCCUCGUGCGGGACGAUACUCUUCUUUCGCGUUGCAAAAGGGACUUACAGCUUUUGGUCAACGGCUUCCGAUCCGGUUGCGUCCUGCGGCGGCGUUUGUCCAUGCGUUCGCUCACCGCUGCGAAGCUGUCGUGAAGCCUACUUUGCAACAUGCUAAUCAAGCCUACAGUGCAGUAUGUCGGAGGCGUCAUAUGAAAUGCGAUGAAGUUAAGCCUGUCUGCGGUCCGUGUGGCAAAGCCAAUCGAGUCUGUAUCUAUGGAUCUCUUCCAGACAACGCAAGCGAAGACGGCAGCGUCGGCGCAACCCCCAAAGUUCAUGCCUCCCCGAUCAGCACUCCAAAUGCUGCUCCAGUAUCGAGUCACCGACGAUGGCCCAGUGCUGCGGAAUCGCUCGAAACGAGGCCGACUCCAAGAAUGUACCCUGCCACGCCUGCUCCCACAGGCGACGAAGGCAUGGUGCAACUCAGUCCGCAGAGUAGUUACAGCAAUUCUACUGGAUAUGGCACGGAAGUCGCUCCGCUACGCUGGUUCGGACUACUUGCCGGAGACGCAGCUCAGAGCAAUCUUGAUACGCCAACGCUGGAAAGUCUGAGCGACGCAGCACUUGCUCGGCGGCAGGAGCUGUAUCCCACGCAAGAUGCGCGGCUUGCGUCCGCUGCGCAGCAUGUGAACUUUGCGGAAGGUGUGGCGCUGCAGAACCCAUCAAAGAUUCUGCAAAUAUCGGCAAUAUCGCCAGCGCCGAUGGAUGGUAGCACGGAUGAACGGCAGUUCUGGCAGUCUACAGAGCCAAUACGACUCAAAGACCAUGAAUUCGACAUAUUUCAACGCUUCGUUACGGGCGUCAGUUUGUGGAUCGAUCUCUACGAUCCUAUGAAGCACUUCUCCACUUUAGUGCCACAUCUGGCCUUGCAUAACGAGGGUCUCAUGAAGGCAGUCUUAGCACUAGGUGCACGACAUUUGUCGAUCAAGCCGCUAAAUCGCGGAGAAGUGAAUGUCGAUCGCACGGCAGCCGUGCAAUACUACUACGAAACGCUGCAAUACCUGCAGUCCGCGAUGCGCUUCACGUCAUACAAGAACAGUCUCGAGCUACUUGCGACAGUCCUGGUGGUGAGUACCUAUGAGAUGAUUGACGGUGCGGGCAAAGGAUGGGAACGGCAUCUCAAAGGCGUCUUCUGGAUCCAACGAAGUCGAGAGAUCAACGGCGAAUCCGGCGGGUUGGAGCAAGCGAUCUGGUGGGCUUGGCUGCGUCAGGACGUGUGGGCCGCGUUCCGGGAGCACAGACGUUGCUUCAGCUUUUUCAAGCCAACGAAGCCUUACUCGGCUAUGGAUAUCUGGGACAUGGCAUCGAAAGUCGUAUACAUCUUGGCCCAAGCUGUAAAUUACAGCUCUUUGGAAGAAAAACAAGCCGGUGAGCGCGAUCUCUCCAACCGCAUCAUGCGUGCCAACACUCUCCUGAAUAUGCUCGAUGAGUGGCGAUCGAGCGUCAGCAUCCAUUUCAACCCACUCCCCGUCGAAGGACCCUCAAAUCGAGCCUUCCAGCCUCUUUGGAUUCACCCACCAGCAUUCGGCAUCAGCAUCCAAAUGUACAGCAUGGCUCGCAUUCUGUUACUCAUCAAUCAGCCAUCCGCGGGCGGAUAUCUGGAAUACCUGAGCCGAGACCGAAUAAUCGUGGAGUGCAUUGAUACCAUCGGCGGCAUUGCGAUGAAGCUGUCUGACGACGCUUCGAGACUUAUGUCUACGCAGUGCCUGUUCGCGGCCGGACUGUAUUGCAAUGAUGAAGCCAAGAGGCAAUGUAUCACCGAGCUGAUCGAUGAGCAUGCAAGUAUGACGGGCUGGCCGGUCAAUACGAAUCUCUCGGAAGAAUUGCGCCAGGAAUGGGCUAGACCACGCCCACGGUGA